CUUCGACGUAAAACAUGGCGGGUAAAGACACGGGCAUUAAGUUGGAGAUUGUUUCCAAGUUAUGGCCUAUCCCCAAACGUGCUGAGUGCGAAUCACCCAAGAAGGAUGACAUCUUCAAAAGUCGAGCCAAGCCAGAGGAACUCAAGGAAAUAUUCUUGAAGUAUGCAACGAAGGAGAAUGGUGAUGGAGAGAAGUUUAUGACCUACUCUGACCUGAUCCAUCACUAUCUCCAAGUGCUUGACUCGAAGGACUACAAUGAUUACACGCUCAAGUUGUUGGCCAGCAGUGUCGACACAUCUCGUGAUGGGCUCAUUUCGUUCACCGAGUUCCAGGCCUUCGAGGCCUUGCUGUGUCUCCCCGACGCCAUGUAUGCCCUGGCCUUCCAGAUUUUCGACAGGAACGGGAACGGUUACAUAACGUGUGAUGAGUUUGAGGACAUCAUCAAGCAUACCACCCUUCAUCGGGAUAUGCCAUUCAACUUCAGCAGUGACUUCAUCAAACUGCACUUCGGCAGUACCAGGUCCAGGAAGGUGUCGUAUGCCGAGUUUACACAGCUCAUUCAUGACUUUCAUGAUGAGCACGCCUGGCAGGCUUUCCGCAAGUUUGACCGCAGCAACAGUGGCUUCAUCUCUGCCAAGGACUUUGAGCAAGUGAUGAUUUCUUUGAAGAGUUACCUACUUACGCCCUUCGUGAGGGACAACAUUGUCACUGUGGCGCUCCAGGGGGAGAAACAUCGGCAGAUCAGCUAUGCAUAUUUCACCGCCUUCAUUUCACUGCUCAACAACCUGGAGUUGGUCAAGAGGAUCUACCUGGCUGCAACACGCCGUGACCCCAACAAGGAGAUCACUAAAGAGGAGUUGAUGUACCAAGCACAAGACUUUGCACAGAUCACUCCUCUGGAGUUGGACAUUCUGUUCCAGCUUGUGGGCCUGCAUCAUCAAACGGGAAAGGUGAAGCUGUCGGACCUGGAGAUUUUCAACCCAAUGGCGGGUGUGGAGAGUCCCUUCUCCAUCCAGAUGCAGAUAGCUGAGCAAAAACUUCGUCAGGAGCAAGGAACAGCCACAAGAACAGUAACAUCAGCAGUGCUUGAAAGUGCCUAUAGGUUCUUCCUUGGUGCCAUCGCUGGAGCUACGGGAGCCACUGCUGUUUAUCCCAUCGAUCUGGUGAAAACCCGAAUGCAGAAUCAGAGGUCAGGAACGUUUGUGGGUGAGCUGAUGUACAAGAACAGCUUCGACUGUGCCAAGAAGGUCAUCCGGCAUGAAGGUCUGCUGGGUCUCUAUCGAGGUCUCGCACCUCAACUUGUGGGCGUGGCUCCGGAGAAGGCCAUCAAACUUACAAUGAAUGACUUGAUGCGAGACAAGUUGACAAAGUCUGAUGGCAGCAUUGAACUAUGGGCGGAGAUGGUGGCAGGAGGAUGUGCUGGUGGGUCGCAGGUAGUCUUCACAAACCCUCUGGAAAUUGUCAAAAUCCGUCUCCAAGUAGCUGGGGAAAUUGUUGGGAAGACGAAGGUCGGCGCAAUCAGCGUCGUAAGGGAUCUUGGCUUCUUUGGCCUGUACAAGGGAGCCAAGGCCUGCUUCCUCCGUGACAUUCCCUUCUCAGCCAUCUACUUCCCCGCAUACGCUCAUGUCAAGAAAUACUUCGCAGACGAGAAUGGCUACAACACCCCUGGCACACUACUGUUGUCAGCCACCAUUGCUGGUAUGCCUGCUGCAUUUUUACCGACACCUGCUGAUGUGAUCAAGACACGCCUUCAGGUGGCAGCACGAUCGGGCCAGACAACAUACAAUGGUGUCAUAGACUGCGCCCGCAAGAUCUACCUGGAGGAGGGCUGGGGGGCUUUCUGGAAGGGGGCACCAGCCCGAGUGUUCCGGUCCUCGCCUCAGUUUGGUGUGACACUGCUGACAUAUGAACUGCUGCAACGUGUAUUCUAUAUCGACUUUGGUGGAAGGCGUCCAGAGGGCUCAGAAGCCAAGUCAGUCCACUUAGAGGAAUUAAUGUCUCGUAAUCCGGAUCACAUAGGAGGAUACCGACUGGCGCACGCUACUUUCCAGGGUAUCGAGUCACAAUUUGGACUAUGUUUGCCCAAAUUCCGCACCACAGCUGCAGAAUGAAGUGGUGACGGUUUGUUACGAUAGGAUCUUAUGUAUGUGCCCUGGUUGCCAGUUUGCAGUUGAGUGACAACAGGUAGUUGUGUGUGAUGGCCUCAAACGUCCAAUGAGUUAGAUCCCCAUCUCAUGUCACAAGUCAUCUAAACGCGCCAACAGCACCCAAGAGGUACAAACAGUGAAGUCUAUCUAUACCGUACUGAAUCUGUGAUAAUAGUCUUGCCUUUCUACCUUGAAUAUGCUAGCAGAGGGUCUCUCACUGGAUUGAGUACAUGGUACUGGGGAAAUCCUGCAGGGACACAGUGUAGAAGGACGGUGACCAGGUCUGUGCACCAGCUCCAGACAGCACCAACAGCCAACUUUUGCAUUUUUCAGCAUCACGUUUUUAUCAGUGCGCAAACACCAGCUCCUGACAGUGCCAGAUAUCUCACAUUGGCAGCAAGCAUAAAAAUCAGCUCCUCACAUUGCCAGUUAAUUGCAACUCCAAACUGUGCCAGGUAUUUGAAACAGAAGCUUCUAACAGUGCCAGGUAGUUGAAGCAGAAGCUCCUAACAGUGCUAGCUUGUUGUAACACAAACUCUUAACAGGGCCAGCACUUGCAACACAUGCUCUUGAUAGUGCCAGCUAGUUGCCACACCAGCUCAUGCAACACAAGCUUUUAACAGUGCUAGCUAGUUACAACACAAACUCUUAACAGGGCCAGCAGUUGCAACACGAGCUCUUGACAGUGCCAGCUAGUUGCCACACCAGCUCAAGCAACAAGAGCUCCUAACAGUGCCAGCCAGUAGAAGCUCUUAACAGUGCAAGCUUCUCCAGAGAGCGCCACAGAGCUCACCAACAGAAACUGUUCCUACACCAGCUACAAACAGCAAGGAGACAUUGUCAAAUAUCUUGUCUUCCCUAAAUCUUGUGUAACUGCAUCAACUGGCCCAAAUUAGGUGCUAAGUUCAGCACUAUGUAAAGUAUGUAUGGUACAGACGAUGAAUGUUGAGUGUUGAGCAUGGCUGCUAGGUCGAGACUGGUAUAAAACUGUGACACGAGCAGUUUUCUCCAAAAAUGUAGUUACGUGACAUGCUCAUCAAUCUAGAAUGGAUUAACUCAUGGUGUCUAUCCCUAGAUAUGUGUAAAUGUGUGUACCCUGACAUAGACUCAGUAAUGAUGAUUCCUAGAUAUUGUCAACAUUACUGCACAACAGGUUGUUAGGAAUGUGUUCAAACUCAUUCAUUUUCCCAUGUUACCAAUGUUCAAUGAGAUCCUUUUGGACAAACGUAUUGCUAAAGAUUUUUGUUGCACAGAAUGAAUAUUUAUAUCUGUGUGGUCAGAACUGGCUUUGUUUCAACAGGGUAAUCCAGUUGUUUUCCAUAGUUAACUGUCCUCGCAGUAUUAACUGAAGAGCAGGCCCUCGUAAUACAAUAGAUUAGGGUACGAUAAAGUACUCGUUUUUAAUUUUUGUAAGAAAUUAAUGAAACUUGUAUCAGAUUUGCAUCAAAUUUGGUUGAGCAGUGUGCGUCAGUGUGCCUUCUCAAGGUGGCCCAGAAUGCAUCCCCUAGCCGUACCAGGAUCCCUGGUUGUGGGUUGGAGACCUAGGUUCACACAAAUUAUGUUUUUUUCUCUCUAAAUUCCCAUUCCUUUGGUUUCCUAUGCUGAGGUACCUGUGUGACUUAGAUUUGCCUCAAGUUAAGCUGUGAUAAUUGAAAUAUUGUUCAAACUGGUGUAAAAAUAUCAAUCUCGUUCUUAAGCUGCUUUUUGAAAUGGUAGUGUCAUGAACUCUGUUUUGUACCUUUUUUCAGGAGUGUAUUUAAUUCUUGUGACAUUUGGCAUAAUAGUUAUAGCAUGGCAGUCCCAGUAAAAGUGAUUGUCAUAAUACAAGUAGCUACUAGUCGUGGGAUGAGGGGUGGUGGGGUAGCAGAGUGCUUUAAGCUUUCACUUGUCAUGCUGAAGGGUCCUAGUUUCAUUGGUACAAUGUGUGAAGCCCAUUUCUGGUGUAAAACCAUACUCACUCACUCACUCACUCACUCACUCACUCACUUAAUGUGCUUUCAGGGGGGAAGGGUGGUAUUGGUAGUGUCGCAGGUAUUGGUAACAGUGAGUUAGCCUGGUGGCAGAAAGCCACCAGUACCAGCUGAUGUCUUAAAGUUCCAGUCUCGUUUCAAAGUGCUGAAAUAUUUGAAACUUGUCAGCUUGCUCAGAACUUGACAUUAUUUACCUGAUUGAUGGAUAUUGAAUUGUACCUGCAGCGCUUGAGCACUUCAUGGUUUAUUGACAGCUUUAUAACAAACUUUUAAGGUUGGGGAUGGACAUGUUCUUCCACUCUGAUGAUUAUGUCGACACCGAUAGUAUUUAUUCCCAGAUCCUAGUACAAACACAGUGUUUUCCACAGUAUUAUGAUAAUAUCUAUCAGUAAUACUAUUAUCUAUCAUCAUGGUAUCCAUGAUCAUCUAGACCGACUACAAAAGGCCAGAGAUAAGGAGCUGUUUUAUAUACAUGAGUCCAAGUAUCUGAUUUUCUGAUUCGGUUUCUCUUAGGGCGGGGAUGAGUCCAAAUUUAUCAUGGGUACCCAACCCCCUAUCACCCAACCCUACCCUGCUAUCUGCUGUAGGUUUCAAGAGAUGGGUACAAAAUGUUUGAUUGAGAAUAGUUUGACUGUAGCCCUUGAAAAAUGUAGUUAGAUGUACACUUAUAAAACGAUACACUUAAGUUGACUGAAGUUUUAUCUGUAUUCAGAAAUGGGUGCAUAGUCAAAGAAAUACACACAUUAGUGACUUGGGGUUCUAGAUAAUUUUUAUCAUUAAACAAUAUCUGUCGCGUGACUAACCACGAUUCCAGGUAGUCGUGUGGGUACCCACGUCCUACUCAGUACCCGAGUUACCCGUCCCAGCCCUAGUUUCUCAGAUGCUUUAGAAGUUGUUGACAGACGAAGAUUAUGCUUAGUAAUGUGAUUUAUGUAUCAGUGAGCGUGUCUUGCCUUGAAGCAUAUGAAAUCAGUGUUGCUGUUUUAAGCUUGUCACACAGUCAAAUCAGUCCCCGGGAAUGAUGUUACUGUUGCUAUGACAACUUAUGUUACCCAUAAUUCCUCAGGGCCCUUUGCGAUGUGUGUUGCUGUUAUGAGCUUGUUCUACCAACAGAUGUGUUAACAUUGCAUCCCAGGAUUAAUUUAUCACACAUCCUUCCAGUGUAAAUGUUGAAAGUCAUAGAUGGAAAGUGAGGAGUUAUCUCCCCUGCUGGUACACAAACUGGUACACCAGAUGGCAAUAAUUAAAUAAAUCAACUGCUCAAGUUCUGCACACUGUAUUCUACCAGUUACAAAAAUCCUUAAAUCAGAACGUAAUAUUUGUGUGCAUAAUAUUUACAAAUGAACCAAACCAUUGGUUAAGAGGUCUGUUGUAGAUUAUCCUGAUUGUGCUCCUUAUACCAGUAUAUUCAGUUGCAGCUGUAAUAUUGAAUUAUAUAUUUAUUUUGUUAUGAAGAUGUUUAUACGAUGGUUCAGCUCAUUGAUGCUUUUGUUUACAUCACUGGUGAAGUAGCCGAGUCAUGAUUCAGAAAGCAGCAUUGUUGCCCACGUACUUACUAUACUACCCAAAAGAAGUUAAGGACAUCUAAUUCUUUCAUAUUACCACGGUUAAUAUACAAUGCCCUGACAGAUUAAUUAUACAAACAUGAAAGAACUUCUUUUGAGUAGUAUAUAUGGAAAAUUAUCUGUUUGUUAAUUGACAGAGUUGAAGCAUAUUUUAAUGUGUCACAAGGAAAAUUGACUCAAAAAGUUAAUGUUGGUGUAAACUGUGCCACAUGUACAAGAGCACAUUUCAUUUUGAAUAACGAGUGUCUUUGAUAUGGUAUUACCAUAAGAAAAUCAUAUCAGUGAUUAUCUGACACAUAUUCAAAAUCACAAUAUUCUCUAUAAACAUACAUUUUAUUGUGGACUAAAGCCUGACCACACUUUUUGAUUGUGUUUAUUCAUUGAUAUGGAUAUGUUGUGGCCUGUUUGUCCGUCGUCCAUUCUCCUGCUUAAUUUGACCAUGCUCAUAUCUGAUUUUUCUAUAUGGCCGCCUCAACAGGGCAACCUCAGCAGCCAUAUUGGAAAAGCUAAUUAUUGCUGUUACUCAGUUAUUUUUGUUGAAAAUGGAUGAAAUUUGCAACAUGUGUGAUUAGUAGUGGCACUCAACAAACAUGUUCCCCUUUAUGGUAGUAUUUUUAUUUUGACCUUGUUCUUUUGGGGUGGUUGGGUAGUGGUUAAAGCAUUCACUCGUUAAGCUGAAGACCCGGGUUUGAUUCCCCACAUGGGUACAAUGUGUGAAGCCCAUUUCUGGUGUCCCCCCACCGUGAUAUUGCUGGAAUGUUGCUAAAAGUGGCGUAAAAUCAUCCUCACUUGACCAUGCUCUUAAAUUCUCCCAAAGACUUAUUUGACUCUAAAUACCUCUUCUCUGAAAUUGGCAGACUGUACAAGCUGAACUCAUCUUGUUUCUCCUUACGAGGACAUUUUGUUCAAAUCAUUGCAUUUAAGUGUCAGUUUUUAGUUCUCAGUAAUGAUGCAGAACAUAUUUGGAUAUCAAUACUGACGGCAAUUUUCUUUGUGGCUUUUUAGACUGUUGACUACAUGUCCAGGUGAGCUACAGUGCCGUGUCACAAUUUCUAAUCACAACCUUUGCUAAAUUAAGGGAUAAUUGUAUAUGUGUACAACAUUAAUAAUUGGUCUGGUCGAAAUAUGGAAUUGAAAUGAUAAUAAGAUGAAUCAUGACACCGCUACCAGCCUGGUGGGACAGCAGUAGGGAGGUGAAUCAAAGUUGAUGAAAGCGGAAAAUAUUACCUAUGCACAAAGAAUUGUUGCUUCAUGUAUAUUCGUGGUUGUGUGGUUGUUUUUCAUAGAGUAUUCAUGGGUUAACAGAGAACUGUCAAUUGUUCGAUUGUUAUUGUAUAUCUGAAAAGCGUAAUUGUAUCGCAAGAUUCCGGAGGAUAGUUUUUGGAGUGACUCCUGUCAGUAUAUAUUUUCAACCAUGUCUGUUAAUAAUGAUGUACAUAAGUUAUGCCUUUAUUCCCAGUUUGGUGUGGCUGGUUGUUGUUGAUCAGGUUAAAAUCUGAAAUAUCUAAGGAUUUAGCAUAACGGUACAUACCAAUGGACUUUCAUGUUGUCAAUCUCAUUGAAAUCAGAUCUUAGUUCUCGCCAAUCUCAUUAAAAUAAGAUCUUAGUUCUCGCUACCUUUCAUCUGACAAAUCAAAGCGUCGAUUAACAGAUCAUGAAAGUGACAGUCAGAAUGUGUUUUCUAAUCAUGCAACCUCAGUGUAUUCCGAACGACAGUUACGCCCCAUACGACUGAUUCCGUCAAAAUUAUCGUCUAUCUCUCGCUACCGUGCGAUUAACAUUUGAACGGAGGAGGCAUUGCACAGUAAGUGGGAACCACUGCCAUACAAUCUCAACCAUAUAUUGGACAUUUCGGAAUGCUCAUUUGUUCAGUUUUCAAAAUUUUAAUCGAGAACUGUGUCAACAUAUUUUUCAAGCAUAGUCCGAAAUGGAAGUCGCCAGGUUGAAAUAAGUGCUGUAAAGCUCGAGAAAUCUGCUUCCUAAAUUGGCUGGUGUCGGCUUCUUGUUAGUCAUUUCAGUGGUCGGUCAAAGUUCCCAAAACAUUGUUCUGACGUGAUCCUUUAAAGGGAUGUCCUCAGAUCUUUGUUUAGCAGCAGUGAAAACUAAAGAUCUGUUUUUAAUGAGAUUGUCAUGUUGUUGUCAUAGUAGGUUGCUGUGGGAUACAUGUAUGAUACAAGUAUGAUACAAGGAAUAAUACAAAAGAUGAUACAAUAAAGGAUUGAUGGAAGAGAUGUACAAGGCUUGUAUCUGAUACAAACUCACAAACAAUAUUGCAUGUAUCAGUGUGGACGAGAAAUGGAAUAUUUAAGAACAUAGAAUGAUGGCAAUACAGUGGAUAUCUGUAAUCAGUCCUUGUAUAGAUGUGUACAUCUCGGCACUUUUCUAGUUUCCUCGUCUUAUCCCUGUGAUUGUAACACUGAAGUUAAAUGUUUCAGAGUCCAGAGUUAAAAUAGGCUCUUUGUUCUCUAAAAGUGUUCCAUAUGGUGGGUAGGUAGAUGAGCUUUUUAUGAUUGUGUCAGGUUCUGUAGAUCAACCAGAUCUCACUCACAUGGUGUUUCAUACACUGGAGCAGUGCUCUAUCAUUGUCAGUCAAAGUUUACAGGAUUGUAUACACAACAUUUGUCCAUCUGUGAAUAUAUGUGGCAUUGUAGUGUGGCAGUGUAGUCACCAUUUUUAUCCAUGUUACUGCAAGAAGGACACCAACUAGUGCCCAGACCAAUGAGAGUUCAGAUUACAUGGCACAAAUGAAAAUAUUUCUCAUGCAACACGCUACAGCUCUGCAGACGUCUGCUCCACGCAUUGUUUUAAUAUCAGACUCCGCAGAAUUAGCAUUCAGUUGCUUAUUUGACAUCCAUUACUGAACUAGUCUCGAUGUGUCACUUCUACGCUGCACAUUGGGCAUAUUUAUUCACAGCUUAUGGAAGAACGUAGUGAACACAAUCACAUCGUUUAAAAAUGGUGACAGCAUUUUCAAGAAGUCCAGACUCCUUGCCAGUAUAUCUGAUAAAGUAAUUGGAGCGCAUGUGUAGAUUAACACUUAUAUUGCAGAGUAAAGUACGAUUCUCAGUUUAAAUUCGAUUUCCACACCUGUGGGAGUUGUUAGAAGGCUCUGAUCAGUCAUCAAAAUAACCAGUCUAUCCGUGGUGACAUUCAUCUUGCACUGCCAAAUGCAUGUAACUGGUACUUGCAAGAAGAGUAUUUUCUUGAAAUAAGAGUUCUUUAAGUUACUUACAUUUCGUUAAGCACUGAAAGUAUGGAAGUUUGUUGAAACAAACACGAAUUGAUAGCGAUGUAAAAGUGGUAGACAGGAGGAGGCUCCAUUUAUUGGUGUAACUAUGGUAAGUAGGUGUCAGACUGUUAAGGUAUUGUUUGAGUUUGGAAUGUAAGUUAUUUUCAUGGAACAUCGACAAGUAUUGUUUGAGAAUACUCACCUGUCCAUUGCUGUUGGUUUUUUCCCAAGUGUAUUUGGUGGUUGUUUAUUUUGUAGUGUGUCCUUUGUUUAUGUAUAUAUGUAUACAUAGAACACCUCUUUCUAUAUAUAUGUAUAUACAUGUAUAUAUAUAUAUGUGUGUGUGUUGUGUGUGAUUUAUUUGCCUAUGUGUCAGUCAGUGAUUAUUUGCUCUGCUCUCCUAGCAACCGGUUUUGUAACCAAGGUAUUUACACAUAGCAUUCUAGUCUACAGACAUGUGAAAAUGUUUUGCAGGUGUAGACAGGGUACAUAUGGAAAAGGAGAUGUCUGUUUUUUUACAAAUAUACAAUUUUGUGUAGGCAAUCUGUCAUGUUUAUAUUGUGUUGAUUAACCACUGACUAUUCAUUAUAGUUUUGAAAAUAAUUUUCAUUUGCUUACUAACAUGGGUGGAAACAUAUCUACAUAUCAACACGUUACACGACGAUGACUUCUUUUCAAGUUUAUGAAGACUAAUAAGUUAACUUUCUUUCUGAAGAUGUAAACUUCCUACCUAUUAUCUAUGUGAUGUGGGGUCAUGGGUGGCCCAGUCAUUUAAUUGACUGUUUAGAGUUUUGUCUCUUAUGCAUGCUAGUAUCCUAUGAUCAUGGGUUCGAAUCCUGGUUUCACCUGAUUAUAUUUCAAGGUUUGCCAGCACAAUACUGUGCUCAUGAGUUUAACCAAAAUGGUAAAUGUUAAAACCUGCAUCACUUUGUGUCCCUCGGCUGUGAUGUAACAGAAAUACUGUUCAAAGCAGUGUUAAACCAUCCUUUCUCACUGUAUCUGUUUGCAUAAAUUGACAGUCGUAAUUUGAAUUUGAGUCCCUCAAACUCUCCCUGCUUGUAUUGCAGCUUCAAUUGUAUUGCAGCUUCAAUUGUAUUGCUCAGUCUAGAAGUUCAUGACUACCCUACUAACCCUGAGACACUGUUGCCAGUUCCACAUAUGACACUCCGAAGCCUAGACUGCAAACGAGCACCAGAACAUUGAGCAUAACAGCCUUCAAAAUUCAUGCUAGCCUGCUGGCCCAUGACAACUAAAUUGUGCCAUCUACAAGUGAAUUCCAAUGUUGGUGGUCCUCAUUGUCUGGUACCAGCAUUUAGGGGCUUUAAUUCUGAACCAGUUCACAAAGCUUCAAGUUUGCAACAAAUUGGAACUGACCAAAACAGAAUAUGUAGUCAAAGUAAACCUUUUUGUCUCAUUCAAGCAGGACUAGCUCCAAACUCUUAAGGACCAGUGGAAUAAAGUUUACAUGAGCUAGUUUUACAAAAACCGAAUUUUUAAGGUCCCUAUUUAAUGUAGAUUAGGUGGUGAUGCUUUCCUACUUAAACCUGGUGAUCUUAGCGACUUUCUUCCAUACUUGAUCUCACACUUCUUGAGUGAACACACGACUCUUUAUAUUGUAAUAUAUCAAGUGCCUGGUAUGUCCGGUGAAAUGGCUGUGAAAUUGAUUUUUAAUUUCAACUUGGUUUUCAACAUACGGAACGCCACAAGACCAUGUGUGUUUGUCUCAGACUCAACUAUGCUGAACUGACAUUUACUUUGUGAACAUGAUUUGAAAUAUAAUUUACACUUUGGCGCAUGAAAUGUUAACUCUUGUCUAUGUUUUCCAGUGUAUUUCUUUGAGAUUCUUUCUUUUUGAUGGAUGUCAUACCGUUGAAACAUUAAAUACAGGUCUGUUGUCAACACAUAAUCUGUCAGACAGACCGUGAUACAAAUAUGUCCUACACAGCCCAUGCAAGUCUAUAAUAUAUGGCAAGUCUAUAUUACUGCAGUAUCUGAAAAUGAAGAGUCUCUAGGCUCCUUUUUAUUAUAUUUUUAUUAAGAUACUUUAACAACUGUUUCCUCCUGUAAGAUAUGUUCAUGUAAGAGACUAGAUGUUAGUCUAGUCAACACAUUACUGCAUCACACAGUUUGGGUUGCAGUGAGGCCCAGGACUGACCAUUUAUUAUGGUUUGGGAGAGGAGGGGAGGGUUGGGAAUGUUACCUUAAAAAGUGUUAACAAAUUACAAAUUUGCUCAUUGUGCCCCUUUCCUUAAUACAUGGUCAUUCCUCCAACCUUUAAAACUGACACCUUUGGGGGGCAUUACAUUUGCUUACUCUGUUCCAUUCUUAUGACUGCCAAGGGGGACAACUCUUAAAUCUCUUCUCUUCUUGUUACUCAUUCUCACCCCCUUGCUAACAUUAAACUAUUUCCACCAUAUCUAUGUUGAGUAUUUUGCAACAGGAUACCAACACUACAAAGAGACUUAAGACAAUUUUAUAUUUUACCAGCGUUCGAAAUACCUGCCUGCCCGACCGUCCGAGACGGGUUGAUUUCAACUCGGGCUGUCAGAUUUUCAAAUCCCCCUGCCCGACGGUCGGGUUAUAUUUCAUAGGUGAAAAUAUUCUAAAUAUUUCCCAAUGAUAAGCAUUAAUUCACAAGUAAAGAUGAAUGAUAAAAUGUAACCAAAAAGAAACCCAGUUAGCUUUUAGACAACCUAACAUUUAGCGAUGCGCUUAUGCUACAAGCAAUCCGUUUUCAUGUUUUUAAUUAAAUAAUCCUGAGAAACAUAUGUUUAUAGUGGGCAGGCAGGUUUUGGUCAGGGCUGGCAAGUAUUUCAGCUAGCCAGUCCUGUGGUCUGGCUGAAAUUUUUGGGAGUUUCAUACCCUGAUUUUACCCAUUUUAAUCAUGUGUACUUGAUUUGAUAACUUAAUUGAAAUUGAGUGACAUACAUACAUAUUUUAAAUCGAUUAAAUUUUUAUUGCUUGAUAUGAAAACAUGUACAUGUAAGUAAUCAUUGAAAGUGAUUUGUAAGAAAGAAUUGCCUUUACGUAACUUCAUGUUGAAGAGGAGGUUGUGGUUAUGGCCACUUCUUUCCACUGGAUAUGUAGAUUGUAUAUAGAAAUUGUUUUAAUAAACAACCAAAUACAACAUCAAA